UCUCACUCACUCACGGGUGCGGUGCCAUCAUAUAAACUUGUGCGCACCAUCGCUUUACACGGAGAUUUCCUAUUACACGGAAGAAACUCUUGAUUUGACCGCGUUUUCCUGCUCAGAAACAUCUGCAUGUGGUGAUGAACGCACAACCUUCAUCCUGAUCUAAUAAAGAAGAUCCAUUUUUAUUAAAAGAUACACACCGACCUUGAUGUCAGGAGGAUGCAUUUGGAUACGAGACAAGACCUGUGACUGUUAUUCGUUAAAACAGAAUAAAACAGAAGGAAGUCAUUAUGGACACGUGAGGGAUCAUGAAGUGUUUUGUCUGGUGCAUCUGAGUGUAAAUGAAGAGUGUAAUUUUUGCGCGUAUUGAGACUGAAGAGGAUGUGCAACUUUCCAGCGAACUCUGGUGCUUUAUCUAUCAUAGAGUAAUAAAACAAUUGUUUUGGCAAAAGUCGGACGGCGAUGUGUGAGCUGGAGCUUUGGGGUGUUUGGGCACGGACUUGGGGACAGUUUAAGAUGCGGUCCAUUGUUCUGUUCUCUGUGGGAACAUGAUGGCAUGCCGAGGUACGUGCUGCUGUUUGGGUCUGGGCUCUGCAAGCGAGGACACGGCGCGCUUCGCCAUGCUGGCGCUCCUCAUCCUCUUGUACCUGGUGUGCGGUGCCGCCGUGUUCUCCGCGCUGGAGCGGCCGGAGGAAGAGCAGGCAAAGGGCCGCUGGGCGCGCAGCUUCGACCUCUUCAGCCGCAAGCACAACGUCAGCCGCAAGGAGCUCGAAGGGUUCCUCAGAGCCUACGAAGAGGCCACCGGGGCUGGUAUCCGUGUGGACCGACCCAGGGCUCGCUGGGAUUUCCAAGGAGCUUUCUACUUUGUGGGUACAGUUGUGUCCACUAUCGGGUUCGGGAUGACCACACCGGCCACGGUGGGAGGCAAAAUCUUCUUGAUUUUUUACGGACUAAUCGGCUGUGCAGCCACCAUCCUGUUUUUCAACCUGUUUUUGGAGAGAAUUAUAACCGUGCUUGCGUUCGUGUUGAAGUCAUGCCACGAAGUCCAACAUCGGAGGAAAGGUGUUCUGCCUCACGACAGCAGACACGAGGCGGGCCACGUGAGGCCGGUGCACUGUGAGGACAGUCUGGCGGGUUGGAAGCCGUCUGUGUACUGCGUGAUGCUCAUCCUCUGCAUGGCAUCCAUCAUUAUAUCCUGCUGCGCCUCUGCCAUGUACUCCUCGAUGGAGGGCUGGGGUUAUUUGGACUCUCUGUACUUCUGCUUUGUAGCAUUCAGCACUAUCGGAUUUGGGGACAUGGUGAGCGGCCAGCUCGCUGCGUACGACAACCAGACUCUCUACAGCCUGGGCAACUUUAUCUUCAUCCUCAUGGGGGCUUGUUGCAUUUACUCACUCUUCAAUGUCAUAUCAAUCGUCAUCAAGCAGGUUCUCAAUUGGCUUCUGAAGAAGCUUGAGAUACCGUGCCGACACUGCCCGGGACGGAACCUGCGUCCGGGAAGGAACGCUAUAAUGCCCGGCCACUUCCGCACCAGAGUCCGGAACAUCUCCAUAGACACGGACGCCGUUAACGAUAGCGAAACCGACGGCCGCAGGAUGUCCGGGGAGAUGAUCUCCAUGAGAGACUUUCUGGCUGCUAAUAAGGUCAACUUGGCCAUCAUGCAGAAACAGCUUUCUGAGACGGCCAACGGAUACCCACGACCGCCCGGCUCCAUCAACCGACAUGAUGAAUUCUCUGGAGGAGUCGGAGCUCUGGGAAUCAUGAACAACAGAUUAGCUGAGACAAGCGUAGACAGAUAAAUCUGCACAACGACCAAAACAAUCCAAAGAGGUCUAAUGCCAUCCAUCCUGUACACAUUUGCUCAGAUCUGUAGUUAAGUACAGUGCUGCUUCAGUCUUGCGCCUAAUGUCUCCUAAAUCUUUACAUAAGCUCAGGAGUGCUUUAGAACAUUUCUAUAAACUUGAUAAACUCUUUGCUGCAUCAGAGAGUUGUUUAGACAUUAAAUCACGUCUUCUAGAUAAAGUAGGCUACAUGAUAUUUGCAGUCUAGUUCAGCUAAUUUAUCCAGAUGAAGGUUUUUUUGAUGACAGAGUGCAUGCUUUGCUGACAGUUGGAUCUGAAAUUGUACACCGUUAGAGACGUUGCUCUUGUGGCACUGUACAGCUGUUUUAUUAUUCCUCCUGACUCGGUAAGAUUGAGGUGUGAGUAACAGUACAGAUGCUGCGGUUGCUGACUCGUUCUUGUAGAUUUCUCGGAGAGUUAAAAACAAAAAAGUUUCAUAACACGCUUAGAAAUCGUGCUGUUUGCUUUUUCCACUAAAGUAUUACGCAAUUAAUCUAUAAGCGGAGAAUAAAAUCUACGAAACUUUAGAGACAGAUAUGCCACGUAGUUGGUACUGAAUUGAUUGCACGGUACUCAAGAAGUUUUCCUCGCUGCUCAGGGGGAACUUCGGCAUUUAUUUUACUUUUUUAUGUUUUGUAAAGUUACACUUUGUAGGUGAAAUACACAGUGUACAUAUGAAUGCUACGCUCUCAGACAUAAAGAUGCAAACAGUGGUACCCUUGUUAAUGUGGUACCUUCAUUAAUGUGGUCCCCUUGUUAAUGUGGUACCCUUGUUAAUGUGGUACCAUCGUUAAUGUGGUCCCCUCGUUAAUGUGGCCCCCUUGUUAAUGUGGUCCCCUUGUUAAUGUGGUACCCUCGUUAAUGUGGUACCCUUGUUAGUGUGGUACCCUCGUUAAUGUGGUCCCCUUGUUAAUGUGGUACCCCUUUUUUUUUUACCAAAAAAGUAUAAAGCUUCAGUGUAGUACCCUUUUUUUCUGAGAGUGUAUAUUAACCCAUAAUAAGGUCCCAUUAAGUACCUGUUAGAAAUAUAAAAAAACCCCAAACACCCUUCACUAAAGAUCUAAGUUAAAGGUUAAUUGUCGCACACGUUUGUUUACUGAAAGCCACACUUUAGUUGUCAGAUUUCAAGUGAGACGUGUUCAUCAUUAUGCAGUCAGAGAAAUAAAUGAAGCAUGAUGCAGGACAUCAGAAGAGUGAUUCUUUUUCAGUGCUUUUGUAUUUAAAAAAAGAAAGCCAGUUUUUGAAUCCCAUGACCUGAGAAGUGAUUUGUUUGGUGCACAACACAUUUCACUCCACUGAUUUAAAAACGUUAUCCACAUGUUCUUCCUGUAGCAUUAUAAAUCAUUACAAUAUGAAAACUGUGUUCUUUUAUUAAAAGAUGUCAGAAGCCAAACCCCUGAUAAUGGAACA